GUUCCAGGAAUUUUCUUGAUUUUUCAAAAGUUCUAUUCACCGUCGAAAUCAUGAGAUCCCGCUCCGUGCAGGUUUAAGUUCCUAGUUUACCCCGAAUCAACUACGAAUUCUGCCUCUAUGGUUUCUGUAGGAGUUACUAGAGAGCUGCUGGUAGCCCCCUCCAAAUUUUUAGGACUCUUCCAAUCUACACCACAACGUGUAAUCAUGUCUCAAACAGACCUCAAUUUGUUUAUGCAAAUUGCCCCCAAUACACAACAAGACUCAACUCACAUACCUCGUUUUCCGAAUCCUGGCGAAUCCAACGACAGUAAAACCACCUCCGAAUCAAUGUCUCCAGAAGAUAAGCCCGAUGCGCGAGACUAUUGGCCCGAAGGAGACCAUUCAAACCCACACUCUAGGAAGCAAGCAAACCCUCAUUAUGGCGGCGUGAUUAUCCAUUUCGAAGCAUAUGCCAAUGUCUCAGGUCAGGAAGCUGAGAGCUACGGCAACGCAACAGGAGUGUCAUCGCAGGCCAACCAUGCGACGGGAGCCAUUCAGGUCGUGGCGAACACCCUUUUCGGAGUCGCCAUCAUUGGCGCCGCAGCCCUUCGGUGGUUUAAGAAGGAAUAG